CCUCCCCCCCACCCGUCCUCCAGGUUCCCCCUCCUCCCCCCUCGCGCCGGCUCCCGGUGCCCGUCUCCAGCGCCGCCGGAGCCAGCGAGGGAGCUGGAGGGAGCAAGAGGAGGAGGAGGCCGCGUCGCCGCCGCUCGGAGCCCGGCCGGAGCCUCCCAGGCAGGUACAUGGUGCGGGUCCGAGCCGUGGUGAUGGCCCGAGAUGACUCCAGUGGGGGCUGGCUGCCUGUGGGGGGCGGGGGCCUCAGCCAGGUGAGCGUGUGUCGGGUCCGAGGGGCCAGGCCCGAGGGGGGGACCCGCCAGGGGCACUACGUCAUCCACGGGGAGCGCCUCCGGGACCAGAAAACCACCCUGGAAUGUACCCUGAGACCAGGCUUGGUUUACAACAAAGUGAACCCCAUCUUCCACCACUGGAGCUUGGGUGACUGCAAGUUUGGGCUGACGUUUCAGAGUCCCGCCGAGGCUGAUGAGUUCCAGAAGAGCCUGCUGGCCGCCCUGGCCGCCCUGGGCCGAGGCUCGCUCACCCCCUCUUCUUCCUCCUCCUCCUCCCCUUCCCAGGACACCGCAGAGACCCCCUGCCCUCUGACGUCCCACGUGGACAGCGACUCCUCCUCCAGUCACAGCCGCCAGGAGAUGCCUCCCACCGCAGCAGCCCCCAUCGUCACCGUGGAGUCCGCCUCUGCCUUUGGGCCGACCACACCCCCUCAGCGCCGCUGCUCCUCGGCUCAGAGCUACCCUCCGCUUCUACCGUUCACGGGGAUUCCGGAGCCCUCGGAGCCUGUGGCUGGGGCAGGAGGCCCGGGCUGGGGUGGCCGCGGCUAUGAGGAUUACCGACGCUCUGGACCGCCCGCGCCUCUCCCCCUGUCCACCUGUGUUGUGCGCUUCGCCAAGACUGGCACCUUGAGGGGUGCAGCCCUGGGUCCCCCAGUGUCAUUACCAGCCCCUCUUACCGAGUCUAUGCCCCCAGCACCCCCUGCUCGCCCACCCCCGGGCCCAGGCCCCACCCCUGCACCGGCCAAGGCCUCCCCGGAGGCGGAGGAGGCUGCGCGCUGUGUGCACUGCCGAGCGCUCUUCCGCCGCCGUGCAGACGGGCGUGGGGGCCGCUGCGCCGAGGCCCCGGAUCCCGGUCGCCUACUGGUGCGACGUCUCAGCUGCCUGUGGUGCGCCGAGAGCUUGCUCUACCACUGCCUGUCAGACGCAGAGGGCGACUUCUCGGACCCGUGCGCCUGCGAGCCGGGCCACCCGCGCCCUGCCGCGCGCUGGGCCGCGCUGGCUGCUCUCUCGCUGGCCGUGCCCUGCCUCUGCUGCUAUGCGCCCCUGCGCGCGUGCCACUGGGUCGCCGCUCGAUGCGGCUGCGCAGGCUGUGGGGGUCGCCACGAGGAAGCUGCACGGUGAGGACCGCCUGGCGGGUCUCGUAACAGGACGAAGGACCCAGCACUGAGGGUCCAGGAUCCCGGACUCGGAUUUGGUUUGAACCUAAAACUCAAACCUAGGCACAUCUGGAACUUGGAGCUUGAGUUUGAACUGAGAGGUCCCAGACCUGGAGGCUGGGCCCCAAACCUAGGACUGAGUGACCCUAGACUCAGCAUCAUUAGGAUGUCUGGCAGAGGUCCUGAGUUGUGGAUUCUCCAUCCAUCUUCCCCACUGAGGAGACUCCCGACCUCUCCAGACUCUGCAUCUCAGAGGGCCCUGGGGAAUACUCAGAUCCCAGAGCGACACUGGGACGUCAGACUCUUGACCCUGGCCACAUGUCCAGUCCAGACCCCUGCCACACCUGGCACCAUGAACUCUUAGAUUACAGCCCCAGAAUUAGUCAGGAGUUGCCAAUAUCUGAUCUUGCCUGCGUCCAAUUACUCCCAGAUCUUGUGACCAGAGGAUCCACAACCACCCCCAAGUGGUCCCUGAAUGUUCACCUGAGACCUGGUGUACCCACAUCUGACACAUUCUGUAGCUCCAGAAUUCCUGAGACACCAAACCCUCCUGGGCUUGAGACUCUGAUAUCUGGAAUCACCAGACACUGGCCCAGAGUCCACCCACUCACGCGUGCUCACAGACCCGACCUUCAAUCCAGGAAGCCAAGAUGUCCAGGUGACUCCGGAUGCUGUAGGACAGCAGACUGAGCUGCUCUCUCGCUGUUCUGAGACCUUGUACUGAGACCUUGGAUGUGCUCAAACGUGAGGUACUCUCUGACCAAAAUGGUUUGGGAGCUCCCAUCUCAAGCUCAGCCAGGCUCCAGAUACCAGACCCCAAGAUACUGUGGGAGCCAGGGAUUGAAGACUUCCACACACCCUACUCACCACAGACCAGUGUUCUCGGGGGUUUUGGUUCUCAUAUAUGGAUUCUGAGGUGCCUGUUA